CACCGAGCCCGCCGGCGGCGGGGACCGAGCCGCCGCUGUGUCCCCGCCGGGAGCUGCAGCCCGGACAGCCCCCAGCAGCCCCCCAGGAGCAUGGCCCAGCCGGAGAGCAAACUGGUGUCCCCGCCGGUGGCACCCUCGUCCCCCGAGCUGGAGUGCCACAUCUGCUACAGCCGCUUCGACGCCCGUGCCCGCAGGCCCAAGCUGCUCCGCUGUGGCCAUCGCCUCUGUGCCCGCUGCCUGCGCAGGAUUGUUCCCCCGGGGGACGCUUCAACCCCCCAGCUCCGUUGCCCCUUCUGCCGCCAGCACAGCCCGGUGCCGGGCGGGGACGUGCAGCAGCUGCAGGAUGAUGGGGAGGCACUGGCACUGCUGACAGGCCGUGAACGGGCCAAGAAACGGGGUCCACCCCUAUCUCCUGAGGUACUCCUUUGUCCCAGCGUGCUGGAGCCCACAUCCAGCCCCGACUGCCUGGUUGUCACCAUCCUGGAGGUGCCAGAGGACGUAGCUCCACCAGAGAGCCUGGGCAGGCUGGAGGUGGUGCGGCUGUACCGCCCCACGAGCCUGGGUGCACUGCCCUGCCACGGCCCUGGGCAGAAGUGGCGCUCCUGGGGGUGGCAAGCCGUCCCCCGCUUCAUUCUGGGCGUCCUCUGCCUCCUCUACUUCAGCUCUCUGCCCUUCGGCAUCUACCUCCUGCUCAUUGAGCACCACAGCCUGGGCAUCAUCCUGGUCAGUCUUGUGCCCUCCACCCUCCUUCUCUGCAUUGUCUACAGCCUCUGCCAGUGCCUGUGCCUGGAGGUCUUUGGGUUCCCCCACUCCUGACCCUGCACAGCCAACCCCUGUGCCUGAGCCAGGCAGGAUUUGGGUUCCUUGGGACAUUGUCCCUUGAGGUACACGUGUCCUCUGACCCACAGCAUGCUCUGCCUGGACCAUGGGGAGAAGCUCAGUGCCUGAUGCCUUCCCAUACAGAACAGCACUGUCUUUUCCAUGUGGGUGCUCACACUGGCUGCAGGAAUGGCUGCAAGAGCUCAUUGCAGCCUACAAGCAUUUGGGCCAGACCUCAGCUCUUCUCCUCCUCCUCCAGAGCAGACAAAGAGCAGGAGCCAGGACUCUGAUCCCAGCUGAGGAAGCGCGAGCGGCUGGAGGGGCCCCGGCAGGAGA